AUGCCUCAGCAGUGGAACACCAAAACUUAUGGAGAGCAAAACGAUAGUAUACCUUAUCACAGGCUGAACAAGACACUAUUCCCACUCAAAUUCCAGCCACUGCCUCUUGGGACCAUUAAGGCUCAAGGAUGGUUUCAGCAGCAGUUGGACUUGAUGGCGGAAGGAAUGCCGGGUCGCAUGCAUGAAUUCUAUCGACUAGUCAAGGAUGCCACAUGGGGAGGUGGAAAAGAAGAGUACAGUAUCUUGAAUGAAGCAUGGCCGUACUAUAUCAAUGGUCUUGUGCCACUAGCUUUCGCCGUCGACAACCCACAAGUACUUGACGCGGUCAACAGACAAAUAUUCUAUGUUCUGCUCAAGCAGUUUCCAGACGGUUGGCUCGGGCCAGAAGCAGAUGUGCCUACAAGGAACUUUUGGGGUCGUUACCCUUUCUUUCUGGCGGCAGCACAAUACGUUGAAGCGGCUGGUGCAGCCGAAUCGCAACAAAUGCUAGAGGCUAUGCAUCGGUUCGUCAAUAUUAUGCACUCCAUGCUGAAGAAUGACCAUCAGGGCUAUGUAUGGAGAGAGGGCGACCACUUCGAUGAGCAAUGGGGUCGAUCUCGUGCUGCAGACAUGGUACUCGCUCUUCAAUGGCUUUAUGAGAACCAUCCAGAUAACAAUCAAGAAAGAAUUCACGAAUGUAUGUUCUUGAUCUACACAAAGGCCUAUGACUGGUCAUGGUGGUUUAGAGACGACGUUUUCUUGAAAAACGACAUUGAAUCGUAUCCAGACGAGCUGAUCGAUCCGCUUUUCCCCUUCCUACAUGUUGUCAAUACAGCGCAAGGAUUGAAAUCACCUGCCGUGAUGGGAAGAUUGCUUCACGACCAGGCACUGUUCGAUAGCUCUCGCCGAGGCGUGCAGCUCACUUUCGACCAUCACGGAGUUUCAUCCGGUGCCAUCAUCGGAGAUGAAAGAAUGUCUGGCAACUCUGCCACACGUGGCUCGGAGCUAUGCUCAGUGGUCGAAGCAAUGUUCUCUCUCAGCACAUUGUAUCAAAUCCUCGGCGACGCUUCCUUUGCAGAUCGUCUCGAAAAGGCCGCCUUCAAUGCCAUGCCUGCAAUGAUCAUGCCCGACUGGUGGGCUCAUCAAUACGUGGCUCAAAUCAAUCAGCCAUACUCUUACGAGAUACCCGACACUCACUUCUGGAACGUCGGCCCAUGGGGUGUCACGUUCGGCGUCGAGCCGAACUAUCCCUGCUGUGCCGUCAACUUUCCUCAAGGUUAUCCCAAGCUCCUGUCUAGCUCAUGGGUCCGAACACCCGAAAACAACGGUAUCGCUCACGUGGUUCUGAUCCCCAGCGAAAUCAAGACGGUGCUGAAGCAGGCACAUGUCUCGAAUCACGUUCAUAUACGCUGCAACACCAACUAUCCCUUCACACAACUACUCGAAUACCAUGUCGAAGCACAGGAGUCAUUUAGCUUUUCCUUCCGUGUGCCCGAAUGGGUAGACCUAAACAACCCAAAGACAGGUAUCUACCUCGACAAGUCAACCGACCUCCACCACACCCAUCAUCCCACAGCCCAAAAGCCACUACCCUCGAGACCACCCCCUGGACCUCCCGCCCCGCUUAAACCAGACCCACACACAGGCCUCCACACCAUCUCCCUCCCAGCAGGAUUACUCCACUUCACCGUCUACCUUUCCCCUUCCUCCAACACAAAACCAACCAUCCACCAACGCCCCAACAACGCCGUCGCACUAACACACGGAGCUCUCCUCUUCGCCCUCAACAUACCCAGUGAUUCCAUCCCUCGCCGCCCAGCAAAUUACCAGCGUGAAGGCGAAGCACCGCCCCAAGCGAAUGAUUGGACUAUCGUGCCUCUUACUGAGAACAAUACAUCGUCGUUGUUAGUUCCAUGGAACAUUGCCAUCGACCCAUCAACCGCGCGUGUCCACGAACACGAGAACCUCUCCUCCAAUCUCUCCUCGUCAACCAACAGCACCUCCCCCUUCACCUCCUCCCCCAUCACCAUAACAGUCACCGCCUGCGAGAUCUCCUGGCCUCUGACCGCUCCGAUCCAAUACGAAGACCAUAAUAGCGAAAAACGCGCAGUCAGAGGUGGGUAUCCUGUGGAACCGCCUAGACCUGAUCCGAAGACUGGUAAGCACGAGUGUAUUGGAGAGGCGUUUGAGGUUGAGCUGAGGCCGUUUGGGGGUGCGAAGAUUCGGAUGGCAGAGUUUCCGGUUGUGGAUUUGGGAGGGAGAUAG